UUGGCGGAAGUGGGUUUGGGAGGCCCGGCCUGUUAUUUUUGAGGGAAUUUCGGGGAUUAUUUUACUUUCUCUCCCGCCAACCCCACUCCGCAAUUUUAAAAAUCCUCCCGGUCUGGGUGUCCGCUGGGACGUUUUCCGGUUCGGCUGGUUUCAAUAUCACCCCCCCCCCCCCCUCCCAAUGAGGAUUUUUCUUUUGUUUAAAGUUUUAUUUUUAACUCGGGUGAGUAGAUCUGUGGGGUUUAACAUAUGAGCGUUUCACUUGUGGCCGUACGUCUGGAGCUGGCGAACCACUCGCACCAUCCGGAGGGUUUCGAGUAUUGCGCUGUCAAUAUGGCAGAUGAUGAAAGUAAAGAAAAGAAAUCACUUAGUUCAGCAAAGCUCUUGCUGGAGGGUAAAACAACUGGAGAAAAAUCUACUAUCUUGCAUCAACACAUUGGUCGUAGAGAGAUGAGAGACAUGGUAAUUGAAACUAUAACCUCCAACAAAGACAAAGAUACUGUGGAUUGUGUACUGAAAUCAGAGCAAAAGACCAUUUGUAGCACCAACCCUCUGGAAAAAGCAAGUACUGCUGAUCCAAAUGAAAAUAAUAAAGUGCACAAAGAUCAAAGUGGGAAUGCACCAGACUCUCCAUCUAAACAACUGCCUGACCAAAUUUCUUUCUUUAGUGGGAAUUCAUCAGUUGAAGUAGUACAUGGAAUCAUGCAUCUCUACAAAACUGACAAGAUGACGUCCUUAAAAGAAGAUGUGAGACGCAGUGCCAUGUUGUGUAUCCUUACUGUCCCCGCCACCAUGACUAGCCACGAUCUUAUGAGAUUUGUUGCACCAUUUGAUGAUUCAAUUGAGCACAUGAAAAUAAUAAGGGAUUCAACUCCAAACCAAUAUAUGGUUCUUGUCAAAUUCUGUUCACAGGCUGAAGCAGACAGCUUUUAUACUGCCUGUAAUGGUCGGCAAUUUAAUUCAAUUGAAGAUGACGUUUGCCAGCUGGUAUAUGUGGAAAGGGCUGAGGUCAUCAAAUCUGAGGAUGGAGCCAGUCUUCCUGUAAUGGGUGUAACCGAGUUGCCACCAUGCAUUGUAUGCCUUGAAAGAAUGGACGAAUCUGUAAAUGGUGUUCUAACAAUUCUCUGUAAUCAUAGCUUUCAUAGUCAUUGCUUGCAACACUGGGAGGAUACAACAUGCCCGGUUUGCAGGUACUGUCAGACCCCGGAGCCAGUUGAAGAAAACAAAUGUUUUGAAUGUGGAGUCCAGGAGAACUUGUGGAUUUGUUUGAUAUGUGGACACAUAGGAUGUGGCCGAUAUGUCAGUCGUCAUGCAUAUAAACACUUUGAGGAAACCCAACACACAUAUGCCAUGCAGCUGACCAAUCACAGAGUUUGGGACUACGCAGGAGAUAACUAUGUUCAUCGUUUGGUGGCCAGUAAAACGGAUGGAAAGAUUGUCCAAUAUGAGUGCGAGGGUGACACUUGUCAAGAUGAAAAGAUUGAUGCCCUUCAAUUAGAGUAUUCAUACCUCCUGACUAGUCAGCUAGAAUCUCAACGCAUCUACUGGGAAAACAAAAUAGUACACUUGGAGAAGGAUGCAGCAGAAGAGAUCAAUAAUAUGAAAAUAAAAUUCAAGGAAACCAUUGAAAAGUGUGACAGUCUGGAGCAGAAGUUAAGUGAAUUAAUGAAAGACAAACAAGCUCUCGAGAGAAAGUGUUCUCAGUUGAAUAACAGAGUUUUGAAAUUAGGCACUGAACUGAAAGAAGAACAAGAAAUGAACAAAUGCUUGCGAGCUAAUCAGAUCCAGCUACAAACCAAACUGAAAGAGGAGGAAAAGAAACUGAAGGAUACAUGUGAUGAGAAAGACAGGCAGAUUACAGAGGUGCAGGAGCAGUUGCGGGAUGUCAUGUUCUACCUGGAGACUCAGCAGAAAAUCAAUCAAAUGCCAGCCGAUACUCGACAGGAGAUUCAAGAGGGACAGAUAAACAUUGCGGUGGCAUCUGCUGCAUCGUCACCUGGAGCCAUAACCAAACAGACCUCCAGGAGAGGAAGAGGAAAACGGAGCAAAUAGUUGAGUUUUCUCAUUUCUGAAAGAGGAAGGAAAAAAAACAAAAACAAAACCUCCUGGGAGGUGUGUGUGUGUGUAUAUUUGCUUAUUUUCAAUGCUACUACUAUAUUUCUGUUAUCUAUGAUUCUAUAUUCAAGAAUUGCCAGUUUUUUUGGCAGUUAGGCUAUACUCUGCAUUGUGCAGAAAAAUUAUUUAAUACAACAUUAUUGAUUUAUAUUUGCUGGUAUUAUAGCUUAAGUAUAUGAGCUAUGCAAUUGAAAAGAUUUUGCAAAACAUGUCAAAUGUGCAGAACAUCUCAAACUACCUGAGCACAAUGAUAAAUCCAAAAUAAUUUAUGGCUGAUGGACAUUAGCAUUAAAGUUGUUAUCUUAAUGUUUUUCAGUUUUCUUCGCAUUCACAAGAUAGCUCAUAGACAUACAAAACCAGCAUUUAGAUACUAUUUUGAUUAUAGGCAGUAUGAUUUAAGUGGAAAUAACAACAUAGUUGGCAAUGCAGUCAUUCAAAUUUGCUGAGAAUGCAUACCUGAAACAUUGUGGGAUGCUGCAUGAAUCUAAAAGUCAAUUUAAAUCUUGUUUUGCACCUUUCAUUGCUGACCAGGUGACAUUUUGGGUGAUAACAUUGUAUUCAUCUGGAAUUUCAGCAUAACAGUCACCAAAUUAAACUUGUGAUAAUCUCUCACAGCUGUUAGAAACCUACCUGAAGUAAAUUUGUGCAUAAAGGGGGAAAAAGUCCACAAUUCAAUAUUAAUUGCAAAUUUCAUUUGUAAGCUGGGUAAUGUGGCUAUUGGAACAGUAAUAGUAGUUAAUGAAACAGUUCGUGGUAGUGCAGCUUGUAUUUACUUGACUUGCAAGUGAUUCAUGUUCACAUUCAGAAAAGGGUAGAGAUUGCUUAAUAUUAGAACCCCAUGUCAAAAGAAUAAUUAUAUUAAAAUAUAAUAUUUAUUGAACUCAUCUUUGCAGUUAAUUGAGAGAAUGAGGGUUCUUCAAAUUAACUAAUUCAUAAAGCUUUUAACUUUAAAAUCUAAGUAGUAAAGUAUUCUUGAAAGAAAGUUGACAAACCAUAUCUGUAUGUGCACUGAGUAUGACAGCUAAGUUUUGUUGUAUUCAAAACCACAUUUUUCCCCACUGAUAUGUCUAGCAAAUUACAUGUGAAUCACUAUUUUUGUCAAGUUAAAGUAUGGUAAACAGCAUGGAAUAUUCCAGAAUUCAAGAUGAGUUAUGCUUCACCAUGAAUCACAUACUCAAAAAUUAAAUUGAGUAUCCCACUCAUGUUUCCAGAUGUUGCUUAACUUGUGUCAAGGGCCAUUGCAACUUUAUUUCCAUCUGUAGCACUCAGUUCUUCCAUUCUGCAGUAAAUUAUCCUUGGUUUGUAAGAGAUUUUAUUUAUAAUGCAGAUGUUUAGUUCUUUCACAGCUAACAUCUAUUCUUUUUGUAAGGCCAGCACCAGGUGUAAUUCUGUGAUUGCUGUGAACAAUCACAUUUUGACAAAAAGAUUGAGACAUAUUAAUAUAUUAUGUAAUUUAAUUUUAAAGCAAGAGGAAGCUUUUUCAAUUUACGUACUUCAUUUUUGAUCAGACCUUCAGUCAGAAGUCAUUAACAUCUCGUAGUUUGUAAAGCAAUCUAAAGAAGCAGGUUUACUUUGUGUUUUUUGAGUUGAUCUGAUUAAAAUGAUAAAAUAUUAUGAAUGAAGGCUGAUGUCAGACAGCUGUAGAUUGAUGUAAUGAGUAAAUUGCCAAGCAGAUGCAGAGAGAAAAAAAUGUUACUGUAAGAAAUCCCUGUUAUCUAUCCUUGACCACUAGUGCUCACCAUUCUUAAUUAGACUGCAUGGAAAGGCAAUUGACUAAACUUUUUUUUUAAAAAGGUGUUCUGCAACAAAUUUCUCUAAAGGAAAAAUUCUGGUGUAAAUUAUCUACAGCGAAACCAUGUUUAUCUCUUAAUGGAGAUAUUAAUAUAAACAUUUUGUAAAUAGCAUCUGAAACUUUUUUGAUUGAGGGCGGUUGAAUCUUGAAGUGCAAAAUGAUGCAUUUUGGGUCAAACUCUUCAAUUUGGAUCACUGUAUCUUAAUUUUACAUUAUGUAUCUAAUUUGGUCAAUUCUACCUAAUUUCAAUAAUCUGAGUAAUAAUCCAGUCAUAAAUGUGAAUAAGGCAGUAGAACGUAACUUGUGUCUGUUCCAAAUGAACAAGACUUUGUUGCAGCUUUUGUUGUGAGACACUAUUAAAGGGUUGUUUUAAAUAGAAUAAAAAUUGU